CUAGGUGGCGGUAACGCACUCACAAACCCGAUGAUCACUACACGUGCCUGUAGGGUGAAGAAGAGAUUUAUGUGUCGCGCAGAAGACUUCAUGGGAGUGUGACGAGGGCCAUCUUUGAAAGAUGGUUUUAAAGGAGAUACCCACUGAAAGUAUCACUCGACCCCUGGGACGUAAUGAGGUCCUUGGCUUGCUCUUUCGACUUACCAUAUUUGGUGCUGUCACGUACUUCACAAUAAAAUGGAUGGUGGAUGCCAUUGAUCCCACCAGGAAACAGAAAUUAGAGGCACAGAAACAGGCGGAGAAGUUGAUGCGUCAGAUCGGAGUCCAGAACGUCAAGCUCUCCGAGUAUGAGAUGAGCAUCGCAGCGCACCUGGUAGACCCCCUCAGCAUGCAGAUCACGUGGCGGGACAUUGCUGGCCUGGACGAGGUGAUCACUGAGCUGAAGGACACGGUCAUACUGCCCGUUCAAAAGAGACACCUCUUCGAAGGAUCCAAACUCCUCCAACCGCCCAAAGGUGUACUGCUCUAUGGCCCACCCGGCUGUGGGAAGACUCUCAUCGCCAAGGCGACAGCCAAAGAGGCGGGCUUCCGGUUCAUCAACCUGCAGCCGUCCACGUUGACUGACAAGUGGUACGGUGAAUCCCAGAAGCUGGCGGCUGCUGUCUUCUCACUGGCUGUCAAACUGCAGCCAUCGAUUAUUUUUAUCGAUGAAAUAGACUCGUUCCUGCGCAGCCGCUCCAGCAAUGACCACGAGGCCACAGCCAUGAUGAAGGCCCAGUUCAUGAGUUUAUGGGAUGGCCUGGACACCGACUUCAACUGUCAGGUGAUAAUAAUGGGCGCAACCAAUCGUCCUCAGGAUCUGGACUCUGCCAUCCUCAGGAGAAUGCCCACCAGGUUCCACAUCAACCAGCCUGGUCUUGCGCAGAGAGAGCAGAUUCUCAACCUGAUCUUGGACAAUGAAAGUGUGGAGGAAUCGGUGGACCUCUCCGACAUUGCGCAGCAGGCCGAAGGCUUCUCAGGAAGUGACCUCAGAGAGAUGUGCCGCGACGCCGCCCUGCUCUGCGUCCGAGACUUCGUGCACACACAGAAAGCUGACAGUCUGACAGAGGACUACAUCCGACCCAUCCAGCAGUCGGACCUCCAGAAAGCCAUCGGCAAGAUGAGGAAGUCCAAGUCUGCUGCGGGUCAGAACCCCCUCAUGCACAUUGCGUUGGACUGAAGGCACUCUCACCUACACAACCGGAAGAUUUAUUUUAUGGCAUUUCAUGGUGUAAUUUAAUAAACAAUAUACAGCUCAUACGUUUUAAAAACGCAUAGGGGGAGGUGGUGGUCUUUCUGACCUCCGUGGUCCUUCAAGUUGUCUGCCCGUUUAAAUUGUUGGCGGUUUUGUCCCCGUGUGUGAAACAGAUGCGUAAGAUGGAUUGCAACUUGAUGUAUUGACGGCGUCUACAGUGUCAGGGUCUAGAAAACAAUAAAGGAUCAAACGUACAGUUAAGCAGUGAGUGAGGCAUUUCUUUUCAUUAUCUUCCUCCCGAGAGAUUACAUAAUUUAAGCCAUUGUUGUCUCACUCAAAAUAGUGUAGUGUACAAUGGCCUUUAUGUAAAGAGAUAUUCAUAUUUCCCGGUCCUGUCUCACACCAACAAUUUAUUUUGGACAUUUAAAAUGAUAAUUACAGUUGCUGUAAUUGAAUGCCACGCAGUAAUGGCAGAAACCUUCCAAUGAUGACAGAAAAUGUACAUUGCCAAAGUAGUUUUAUUUAUGCACCAUUAGGAUGUGCUGUGUAUUGAUGUUGUGCCAUUGCUCGUGACACACAGUAUGCUCACUGCUAUGAAACCUAAGCCUAAAGUGAAGCAUUAGAAAUCAGUAAAUAAUGCAAGAUUGUGGAUACCAAAUUAUAAAUGCUAGUUAUGCUUGAUUUCAUACAGAGGCAGGACACACUGAAAGCCUGAUCAAUUGUACAUGAUUGUCAUGAAACAUGUUUGUGGUAAACUUAAAUUUGCAUUUUUCUUAGUUCAAUAAAAUAUGAUCGGAGUGCUUCAGAUCCCUCAAUAGAGAUCAGUUAUUCGUCCUCUUGCUAAAAUGUCCAGUCACAAAAAUAAAUAUUGGUCCCAUUCAUGCUAAGGUUUUUGCUGUAGUAAAUCUGUAAAUGUUUUCUAUAUCCUUGUGUACUUCAUUUUUUUACGUUCUGUGUUUUAAUAAAGGAUGUGGGUUAAGAAAUGUUAUCCUUCGGUUUCCAGGUUAACCCAUACACGAGUCAUUUGCUUCUUGCAAUAGGAGUUUUACCUAUUAAGUUAUGUAAAUGCUGGUAAAUAGGGGAACAUAUGGUGUGUAAAAAAAAAAAAAGCACUUGAACUGAUGUUUUACAUUCUAAGUUAAAGGCACCCAGUGCAACUUUAUGUAAACAUUCAAUGAAAAAUAAACAUUCAAUUUCUAGUCUUUUUUACACGUAAGUUUCAAAAACUCCAUACCAUUACAUAUCGACAUUCAAGGAGCAGCUUGGAGUUUCAACUCUGUAUACAGGUUUUCUGAUUGCUUAGCCACCCUCUUUUUAACGUUCGUCUAUUUUGCAAGACUCACUUGUCACAAAACCUUGUACAAAACCAACAAAACAUGACAUCUCUUGCAAAAGCAGAAAUUCUUAAACUAUUUUGCAAAAAGAAAGAUAAGGAAAAGUUAUUUAAUUUCUCACAGUGCAGUGUUUUGGACUACUACUCCAACAUCAUGCAGAGUAUACUUCAAUAGAAUUUGUCAAUGUGGUAUCGCAAUUGGAGAAAUUGUGCAUCAAUGUAGAGACCAAUGCGCACAGUUCUGCUAGAAGUGUUAUUCAGUUGCAAAAUGAGUGGGCAGCAAUGAGAUGUUUACAGUUUUGCAUAAAGUGUGUUUUGUGGUAAACAUAUUUUAUGGUUCUAAUGUUUGGUAUGAUGAAAAUUCAGUUUGGCUUACUUGGUAAAGGUAUUGGCAAGUGUUAAUGGUUUCAGGGACAGCCAUUUAGGAAUCACAGGUUUUAAGCAUUCAGAAAAAACUGGUUAUUAUAGAAUUGGUGGGAUUAUUUUUCAAUAUUUUAUGUAAAACGGGUACAAUUUCAAUGUAAGAAUGCACUGUCAGGAGGGCACUGCUUUCUAUAGAGGCCAUACUAAUUCAUUACCUCUAAGGAACUCCACAGAAGGAGAAGGGAAGAAUAGAGGACCGUUGUGUACUCAAGGCGUGGUUUAAUUGUGUAUUUUCCUUGUGAAUAUGAUAUAAAUAAAACUAUUGUGGAUGCUUUGAGUAGGCUGACAUACAGUUAAAGGUUGUUUUUAGAUUUGUCAUUGGGCUGGUGUGUGUGUAUUUUAUUGGUUCAUUAAAAAUACGUAAGACGCAAAGUUUUGUCCAAUGCAUCACUCAACUUUUGAAA